AAUUGAAUCAACUAAUAAAUCGUCAAAGUAAACACGAUACCAAGUCCGAAUGAGUUUAGGAGCUGCCCCAAUAUUGAAUGGUAGUGAACAGUGAGUCGGCUAGGGAGAAUUCGCGCGCGAGUCGCGCGAGAGGAUACGCUAAUUCAGCCAGAUUAGGAAACUCAAACAUCCCAUUCCCUCGCCUAUCACGUGCUUUAAUUAUGCCUUUCCUUUAGCCCUACUUCUUUCAUUCCCCCUCCCCCACUAUAUAUACAUCUCCGUCUCUGACUCUGCUAAAUUCUCAGCUACCUUAUUAGUUUCAUUCUCCUGUUUCUUCCUCACAAAGCCAAAAUAACUCGUCUCCCGCAAAUUCCAUGGAGUGGGAUCGAGGAGCGUCUCUUGGUACUGGAACCUUUGCUUCCGUUCACCUGGCCAUUCCUAGAGUUAUUUCUGCUCAAUUUUCAUCCCCUGCGGCCGUCAAGUCCGCUGAUGUCUUCGCUUCUUCUUCCCUCCGGAACGAACAGGACGUAUUUCAUCGCCUUGGACCCUGCCCCCAAAUCGUCAGGUGCUUCGGCCAUGAUUCUACCUUCGAAAACGGUGUUCAGUAUUAUAAUCUGUUCCUGGAAUACGCCGCCGGCGGCAGUCUUGCUGAUCAGCUCAAAAUUUGCGGCGGUCGGUUGCCGGAAUCCGAUGUCCGCCGAUACACCAGGUCCAUCGUUCGAGGACUCAGACAUAUUCACGCCAGCGGCUUCGUCCACUGUGAUAUAAAGCUUCCCAACAUUCUUCUCUUUGCCAAUGGCGACGUCAAGAUUGCGGACUUUGGACUCGCCAAGAAGUCAGGGCCAGAACAGAGAAGCGAGGAAACCAAGUAUGAGCUCAGGGGAACUCCUGCGUGUAUGUCCCCGGAAUCAGUAAAUGACAAUGAGUAUGAAUCUCCAGCCGAUAUAUGGGCUCUCGGAUGUGCCGUGGUGGAGAUGGUCACCGGAAAACCCGCCUGGGAUUUCAAGGACGGAUCCAAUAUUUUCUCGCUGUUGAUGCGGAUUGGAGGGGGAGAAGAAUUACCUGAAAUUCCCAAUGAUUUAUCAGACGAUGGGAAGGAUUUCCUUAGAAGGUGUCUGGUGAAGGAUCCUAGAAAAAGAUGGACGGCGGAGAAGCUCUCGGAGCAUCCCUUCGUAGCCGACGAAACUGUUUCGUUAGAGCAUGUCAAAGAACCGUGGACGUCGCCGAGAAGUCACUUCGAUUUCCCAGACUGGGUUUCCAAUACAACAACUUCUGCUCUGAAUUCACCGGAAUCUGAUGACCGGUGUGAAUGGAAAUUUGAAUCGUCGCGCCUAUGCAGUACGUGUUCGCCGGAGGAUAGGCUCCGGGAGCUGAUGACGAAUCAGACGCCAAAUUGGUCGGCAUCUGACAAUUGGAUUUGUGUUAGAUAGGAAUUAGAAUUUUUUUGUAGCCAGUAGCAGAGGUUGAGUGGUAGAACGGGGAGCGGAUUUUUUCAUACAAUUCUUAAAUGUUAAUAUCUAGCUGUAAAUACUGAAUACAUUAAGUAAUGGUGCUAAUUUUUACCUCCAUUGCUUGUGACCCUCUGUACAGAAAUUUU